AUGGCCGCGACGGCAACAGCCCCUAUUAACACAAAUACACAAACCACAACUGUCGCGGGUGGUGGACCUUCAGCAGGUCAAAAAGUCAACACUUCAGAGGUUGGCUGGCUCUUUGUUCAUGAAUAUUACACAUUUCUAAAUAAAGAACCAAGUCGCCUUCAUUGUUUUUAUGGGGGGAAGUCCACUCUCAUCCAUGGUUAUGAGGGGGAACAAGUCAAACCUUGUCAGGGAGAAAAGGAAAUUCAAGAAAAAAUCCAAGAACUUGAUUUGGAUAACUGCCGUGUCCUCGUCACUAAUGUUGAUAGCCAAGCCUCUCAAAAUGGAGGUAUAGUUAUUCAAGUCUUGGGCGAGAUGAGCAACCGAGGAGAAUCUUCCAGGAAAUUUGCUCAAACAUUCUUCCUUGCCGUUCAACCAAACGGUUAUUUUGUUUUGAAUGACAUUAUCCGAUUCCUUAAAGAAGACGAGGAUAUAUAUGAAGAAAGUGAUGAGGUUGAAACAGAAAUUCCUUCAACUAUCGAAGAAACCAUGAAUAACGACGAAGAAGUUAAUUCAAUUUCUCCAUCUGGUACGCUUGUAGAAGAACCCAUUAAUAAUCGUUCAGUAACAGAAUCCACAACUAUUGUCGAAGUAGUUGAUCUCAGUCAAAUUCCUACACCUACAGAUACAACUAAUGACGUGACCGUAAAUGGGGUUAAUGGAAUUGAAGUGUCUUCAUCCACUCUAAAAGUUAAAGAUGAAACCCAAGUCAUCAUUCCUAAUAUUGAAAGUAAAGAGGAACCAAUUGAAAGUGUUCAACCACCCUCAUCUGAAAAUGUUACAAAGGUUGAUCAACCUAAAUCAUCAGCGGCUUCUAUCUCUAUCGAUAACGUUACUAAGGUGGAUCAACCUAAAUCCUCUCCUGAAAUCUCUAAAGCCGCUUCUCCUAUUACAAGUGUUAAAUCAGUUGUCAAUUCUCAAGUUGUUUCAUUUAAAUCCGUUGACAAUGUUCCAUCUCCAUUUGUUCCAUCUCAAACGGCACUCCCCAAAUCGACGUCUGCAUCCGUUCCUGACCGAUUAUUGUCAUCUAAACCUAUAGCUACUUCUGUAAAUAAAGGACCACCAACAACCAACAUUUCCCAAAUAAGCGGAAAACAACAAACUUACGCACAAAAAUCGACAACAUCCGUUCCUAAUGGACAACCCAAUCAAAUGCAACGUAAUGUUAGUCCUCAAGUCAUGAAUGUACAAAAUGCAAAUUCUCAACGAGAAGGUUCUCCUAUUAGAAAUAGUCCCACCAUUCAAAAUUCAGUCACUCCGGUUGUAAAUGGUCAUGGUCAACGAUCCACUUCACCAGUUGAAAAUUCUCGAAGACCUACAUCACCACCGACAAAGUAUGUAUCUGAUCAAAAUCCAUCAACUAAACAUGUGAAUGGUCAACCCAUCACCCCUGAAAUUAAUGCUCAAGGAUCUUCUGAUGCGCCGCAAAAGAAUGGACAAAUUCAAACAGUUUCAAAUCAAGUUGGAACCACUCCUGUUUCCCAAACUUUAACCACUUCUCAGCAAGCUAACGGACAUGUGACAUCUGUUGCUGCCCCAGUUCAGAAAACACAACAAAAGUCUACUUCUCAACAACAACGACAACAUAAUAUGAGAGAUAAUCGAGAUCAUCAAGAUCGUCGCCAAGAUGGAAACAGGAGCAAUAAUCGACAAACGGGACUUUCUAUUUAUGUAAAAGGGAUUACUCAAUCAAUGAAUCGUGAAAGUUUGCUUAAUGCUUUCAAAGUAUUCGGAUACGUUAGUCAUAUUGAUGUUGUUUACUCUAAAUCAUGCGCAUUUAUCGAAUAUAACAAUGCAGAAUCAUACAAAGCUGCUCUCAAUGCUCAAACAAUCAAAGUUGGUAAUGAAAGUGUUAGCACCGAAGAACGUCGUGGCCAUAGCCGUCGCAAUAAUAAUAAACCCCCGAGGGGUAGAUAUUAA